AUGACAGAAAAGAGGACAAGACGGCCUGACGAGGCGCAGAGUGAGAAACCAGCCCGAGAACGACACCGUAUCAAACGCCGCAGAGUCGACGAGGUCCCUCACGAGUCAAAGAAGCCUACAGACGAAGCUAUAGAGAAAGCUCUAGAGAACUCCGCAGAGAAAGCGAUAGACACACCUACCGAGAGAUCCUCAAAGACGGCUUUGCAGUCUCCAAAGACGAAGUCACCCAAGAAGAAGGAAAAGAAUGCGGUUGCAAAGGCAGACAAGACAGCCGUGGGAAAACCGACCCAGGAACAAGCAAUCGUGCAAAAGAAAGAAUUGAACGGCUGGCGACUGUCUCCUAAAACAGGUGGCCGUCUACUGGACCUGGACCCUGUGUUCUCGAGAGAUGAGAACCAUAUAAUCCUAGGCCUCGAGUCGGCCGUCCAAGUCUACUCUAUGUCAACCUCUCGUGCCAUCCGCGCUCUUCCAUCUAGCGAUGGCACUCGUAUCUCGAGCUGCGUGCUCUCUCAGGUCGACGACGAGAUAGCGUAUGUCUCUACCUCCGGCGGCGAAGUGACGGAGUGGAACUGGAUGACGGGGCAGAGCCAGCGAACCAUGCUCCUUUUAGGCUCAGCCCUACUAGCUAUCAGGGUAGGGCAAGGACAUGCACAGGCGGUUGAAGACGAGGACAUUAUCAGGGAGACUGCUGUCUUUGCGCUUGUUAGGCGGAGCGGAGGAAAGCGUGAAAUAUCGAUCAACUCCUUCAAUCCGUCGGGGAAGCAUAGCUCGAGACAAAGCCCGGGGCGCCAUUCCGUUAUCCUGUCGACUUCCACACCUAUAAACGACUUUAGGCUCGCUGCGGGCGGUGCUGUGAUUGUAGCAGUGGCUAGCAGCAUUCUCGUCAUCGGUCAACGGACCGGAGGUGAUGCAGAGAGUGAGCUGUAUACAUGGCAUGAAGUGCGGUUGCCGGUUACUCCCACCUGUUUCGACAUACGUGAGCCCGAUGAGACAUCGUCUACUACGAAGGAGGACAGAAAAACGGUUAUCGAUAUGGCCGUGGGCCAGGAUGAGGGAGCUAUCAUCGUAUACAACGAUGUAUUGAAUACGCUUCAGGGGCUGGAGAAUCACAAGAUGGCUGAGCCUGGUCUCUCGUCGCAUAAACUUCAUUGGCACCGUGGACCUGUCAAGACGGUUCGAUGGUCAAAAGACGGAAACUAUCUCAUCUCUGGCGGCCUAGAGACCGUCCUAGUCCUCUGGCAGCUUGACACUGGAAGGAAACAGUUCUUGCCUCAUCUCUCCUCUCCGAUAUGCAACAUAGUGGUCUCCCCCAAGGGCAGCAGUUAUGCUGUCAAGCUACAUGACAACUCCGCCAUGGUCUUGACCACCUCUGAGCUGAAGCCCGUAGCGAGCAUGAACGGGCUACAGAUUCCCGCGGGUGCCUCAGCCGAGCUUGCAGAAAGUAGACGGCAGAAGCGCAAGGGUUCUGAAGCUAAUCUCCUGGCCGGUCGACUGUCAGCGCUCGUCCACCCGUUAUAUAACAACCACCUGCUUCUCACUGUCUCAACGUCGGCGGGACGUGAUACGCCCGUAUCUUCGUACCUCCAAACGUUCGACAUGCGCUCCAACCAACAGGUCUACCGUCAAGCCCUAGCUCGUACCAACGUAUCUGUUCUCAACAUAGGUCCACAGGGGACUCUGCUCACUACUCCGGAUAUCAAGUUUAUUCGAAUAUCUGCUGAUGGCGCAUGGCUUGCCUCUAUUGACGAAUGGCAGCAAUACCCAGACGAGGUGAAGGUCCUGUAUCCCAGUGUCGAGCAGAGAGACCGUGAGCCCAGGAGGGAGGUCUGCCUCAAAUUCUGGCGCUGGAACGAGCACUCUGCAGAAUGGGAGCUUGUGUCUCGUGUCAACUCGCCGCAUACGGCUACUUCAGGUGACGCUGUGACGGUACUUGACCUUGCUACUCACCCCCAGGGCUACAUGUUCGCUUCCAUAGCUUCAGACGGCUUCGUAAGAAUCUGGGCUCCGGAUAACAAGAGCUCACGGAAAAUGAACAGCCGUGGUGCAGGCAGCGUACAGGUCAAGUCCUGGCGGUGUUUGCAUGCCAUACCGCUAGAGACACCCCCCAGCCAGCCUGCGGCCUCUCUCAGCUUUUCUGAAGACGGUUCUGCUCUUGCAGUAUGCUGGUCAAGCGCCUCUCGCGGCGGAGUCGUCCAUCUCGUCGACCCUGAAUCGGGCCGCAUCCACUUUUCGCGUCAAGGUCUCUACACAGACUCUCCACAAGGCUGUGGCUUCCUCGACCGACACCUGGUAAUUGUCUCUGAUGCUGUUUGUGUCUGGGAUACGGUGUCUGACCGAGUCCUCUCCUGCAUCCGCCUGGGAGCUGUCAAGGGCAAAUUUCAGUCCUUCCUGGCCAUCAACCCCCGCAGCCGCACUUUUGCAACCUGUCUCUCCCGCGCCUCGGUCGAGCACGGCAGCCAAACGUCAAAAACAGAGAAAGAAGCGAAACACCAGCUCGCUGUCUUUGGCCUCGAGUCGCCAUCGCCGAUUUUCCAGUCUCCCCUGGAACACGGCCCCCUUGCCCUGCUGUCUGACACCAAAACAGGCGAGUACAUAAUCAUCGAUUCGUCCGCCUGCAUAUUCCGAAUGACGUCCGGCGCAGCAUCUUUCCAGCCGGAUUUGACCUUCGCCGAGUCCAGUCUCCCUCUCAAGAGCGGGUUGGAGGACAUCUUUGGCUCAUACCGACUGCUCUCCAAGGGGGCAACUGACCAGCCACCGGAGGGUCAAGCCAUGACCGGCGUGGAGAAGAAGAGCCUGGCUGAUGUAUUUGAUAUCGGGCCAUCGUUUGCCUUGCCUAGCGUUGACACUCUGUUUAAGAAUGUUGUUGAUGUUUUUGCAAAGGGAUAA